AAUGUGAGAAGAUGGGGGACUGGAACCUUCUGGGAAGUAUCUUGGAGGAGGUCCACAUUCAUUCCACCAUAGUGGGGAAGAUCUGGCUCACCAUCCUCUUCAUUUUCCGGAUGCUGGUUCUGGGUGUCGCGGCCGAAGACGUCUGGGACGACGAGCAGAGCGAGUUCGUCUGCAACACAGAGCAGCCGGGCUGCAAGACCGUCUGCUACGACCAGGCAUUCCCCAUCUCCCUCAUCCGGUACUGGGUCCUUCAGAUAAUCUUCGUGUCCUCCCCCUCGCUGGUCUACAUGGGCCACGCUCUGUACCGCCUGAGGACCCUGGAGAAGGAGAGGCACAGGAAGAAAGCCUGCCUGAAAGCAGAGCUGGAGGGGACGGACCCGGAGGACCACAAGAGGAUCGAGCGGGAACUCAGGAAGCUGGACGAGCAGAAGAAAGUCCGCAAGGCUCCUCUGAGGGGAUCCUUGCUCCGCACUUACGUCUUCCAUAUCCUGACCAGAUCCGUGGUGGAGGUUGGCUUCAUCAUCGGUCAGUGUGCUCUGUACGGCAUCGGACUGUCCCCGAUCUACAAGUGCGAACGGUUGCCCUGUCCGAACACCGUGGACUGUUUCGUGUCACGGCCGACGGAGAAGAACGUUUUCAUGGUCUUCAUGCUGGUCAUAGCCGGAGUUUCUCUGUUCCUCAACAUCCUGGAGAUCUUCCAUCUGGGGGUGAAGCGGAUCAAGGACAUCUUGUACGGAUACAAAUACGGAGAUGAGGACAGCGUGUGCAGGUCCAAGAAGAACUCCAUGGUGCAGCAGGUUUGCGUGCUGGGGAGUGCGUCCCCCCAGAGGCUGAUGCAGCUCACUCAGAUGAGCUGCUCCGUGCUGUCCGAGCCCCACAGUCACGGGGAGACCGUGCCCUAUCAUUUGGCCCAAUCAGCUCCUGCUCAGAACCAAGAUGAUUCCAUCACAUCCCACCAGCAAUCCUACAUGCCGGUCCCAUCCGACGCCCAGGCCCUGCAGCAGCUGGGGGCCACAGAGCGGCGCUACACACUGGACAACAGGAAACCCUCCUGCAGCAGCGAGGAGUCCCCCCACGGGCCCGGGAAGAUGUCCCUGGGAGGACCUCGGCAGACGCUGAUGGCCAGCCACAUGGAGAUCCCGGCGGCCCUGAAGAACUCGCAGAGGAAGCAGAGCAAAGUCAGCGUCUACAAGGAGCUCAGCGACAUGAGCGACUCCCCCGAGAGCGACCACUACCCCACUGCCAGGAAGUGCAGCUUCAUGUCCCGAGGACUGUCUGAGGCCAAGCUGGCCAGCCCGUCCGACAGCUGUGGCUCUGAGGCGGGGACGGACGCCGAGGGGCAGCACCUCAACCAGGGGGAGAGUCCCGCCAUGACCCCGCCGCCCCCAGCCAGUGGAAGGAGGAUGUCCAUGAGCAUGAUUCUGGAGCUGUCCUCCAUCAUGAAGAAGUGA